AUGGUGGUGAGUACAAUAUACAUUGCAAGGCAUGGAUACAGAUCCAAUUGGCUUCCCGAGGGUCCAUACCCAGAUCCACUUACAGGAAUUGAUAGCGACGUUCCUUUGGCAGAGCAUGGGGUCCAUCAAGCUAAAGAACUGGCACAUUAUCUUUUAUCCUUGGAUAAUCAACCGGAAGUAGUCUUCAGUUCUCCAUUUUAUAGAUGUCUACAAACAACACAACCAAUAGCCAGGUUGUUAGAGAUACCUGUUUAUUUAGAAAGAGGUAUUGGGGAAUGGUAUAGACCGGACAGAAAACCUGUAAUUCCAGUACCGGCUGGUUAUGACAUAUUAAGCAAAUAUUUUCCAGGUGUUAUAGGCCCAGAAUGGGAAUCAACACUAGUACCUAAUGAAAAGGGCGAGACUGAGCAAGAAAUGUACACAAGAUGUAAGGACUUUUGGAACUUAUUCAUUGAAAAGGUAGAAAAGGAGUAUCCAAACGUUGAGUGCAUUUUAUUAGUGACACAUGCUGCGUCAAAGAUUGCACUUGGCAUGAGUUUGCUGGGUUAUGCUAAUCCUCGAAUGUCUCUAAAUGAAAAUGGAGUUAAAAUAAGAAGCGGUAGUUGCUCCUUAGAUAAGUAUGAGGUUCUUAGAAAAAGUUUCGAUAUUAUAGAAGAAGCUAGCGAUCAAGAUCGAGCCGCUUUGAAUUACAUACCAUUUAAGGACAGAAAAUGGGUCCUGACUAUGAAUGGGAACACAGAAUUCUUGAGUAGUGGUGAGGAAAUGAAUUGGAACUUUGAUUGUGUGGCUGAGGCUGGCUCAGAUGCCGAUAUCAAAAGAAGACAAGAGACAAAGAAAACCAGCUCACCAGUACCAGAAGCAGACGAACAGCCUGAAUUGGAAACAGUUUAUAUCAGCGUUGACAUCCCCAGUGGCAGCUACAAAGACAGAACAGAGAUAGCUAAGAGUGCAAUUCUACAAUACUCUGGUUUAGAAACAGAUGCUCCGUUAUUCCGGAUUGGAAAUAGGCUGUAUGAGGGAAGCUGGGAAAGGCUUGUUGGCACGGAACUUGCGUUUCCAAAUGCUGCACAUAUACAUAAGAAAACAGCCAGUUUACUACCAUCAGCCGAAAGUGAUAAAAAAAUAAGCGGUGGCCAAAGUACAGAAUUGUCUGCUACUAACGACUCAGACCCACGAAAGCUAGAAAAUGGUGCUGAAAUACUGAAUUUAACCAACGAUGAUGAGCAUCAUUUGGAAGAUAAGGAAAAACUUCAAUCAGAGAAGAUCUAUAGGAUAAAAGAACGAAUAAUACUAAGUAAUGUUCGCCCUAUGUAA